AUGGACUAUGGCGAACUAAUUGAAUUGGUUGUUGAAGAGGUUUUGCAUAAGCUUAGUGCAAAAAAUGUGGCUGUGCCUGAACAUUUGGUUGAAGAUCAUCCUCAGAUAAAAGCCGUAAUAGAAAAGUUGGAUCUUGACUUUGGUGGCAUACAUUUCGUUGGAAUUCAUGGAAUAGGUGGUAUCGGUAAAACAACACUUGCGAAGGUUGUGUUCAACAAAUUAUCUUCUCACUUUCAAAGUGUCUGUUUCCUCAAUGACGUUCGAGAAUCAUCACAACACGGUCUUAUAAACUUGCAGAAAAAGUUAUUAUCAAGUGUUGAUCAUUUUAAGAGUACUUACCAAAUUAAAGACAUUGGAGAUGGGAUGAAUUUGAUCAAAAGAGUAUGUUCUGAUAAAAAAGUCCUCAUUGUUCUUGAUGAUCUUGACAAGAAAGAGCAACUCGUAAAGCUAGCUGGAAAAUCUGAUUGGUUUGGUUUUGGUAGCAGGAUCAUUAUCACAACAAGGGACAAAAAUAUCUUGAUGACUCAAGUGGAUUCAUCUAGUAACGAGGCCCUAAAUCAACCCAAAGGGAUUUUGGCUUAUGAAGUUCAUGAAAUGCAAUUUGAUCGAGCGCUUCAAUUGUUUUAUAAGCAUGCCUUUAGAAGUGACACUCUUGUGGAAGAUUAUCUCUCUCUUUCAACAAGUAUUGUUCGUAAAGUGGCUGGGCUUCCUUUGGCCCUCGAGGUGAUAGGUUCAUUUCUUUUUUGCAACGGCUUUGCCCUGGAGCAACAUUUGGACAAAAGAAAGUUAUGGGAAGACACACUAAAGCAGUUACAUGAAGCUCCUUUUAAGGAUGUCCGAGAUGCAUUAAUGAUAAGUUAUGAACAAUUGGAGACUAAGCAAAAAGAAAUAUUUUUGGAUAUUGCUUGCUUUUUCACCAACGAGGUCAGAACAUAUCCAAUUAUAAUGUGGGAUGACUGUAAAUACUAUCCUUUCAGUGCAAUUGCUGUCCUCUGCCAACGGUCCUUGAUAAAAAUUGAUAACGAUGAUAAAUUUUGGAUGCAUGACCAAGUUCGAGAUCUGGGAAGGCACAUUAUCCUUGAAGGAUAUCCUCACAGAUUUACUAGGGUUUGGAUUCAUGAGGAUGCUAUAAAACUACUGAAGAGAAAAGAGACAAAUGAAGAUGUAAAAGCACUUGAUCUGACAUCUGAUGGCUGCGAGAUAUGA